AAACGGACAACCUGAACACUACCUAUACUACAAGAUAAGAAAUAUAGAGGACAAAAGUUCCACGGUAUUAAAGAGUCACUCAGAACAAUGUCAUGUCAUUGUGGUCAAGUACUGUAUAUCAAAGUGAGACGCCGGCUCGUACGUCCAGUAUUCCGUAUUUUCUAGGAAGUGUACAUGUGCAUGAUGAAUUUGUCGGCAAAAAUUGUUCUUUCUGCUUAUUUGAUUUACUCUUUUGGUGAAUCGCUUGGAAAUUCGUCUACGACGAAUUCUGGUAAUGGAUCUGAACGUGUGCCUAAUAUCGAACAAACCGACAUUAAUAAAGAGCUUCAGAAGGAACUAAACACGCUGGAGAGCCGGCUACGAUUCGUGGAAACUACUGUUACUAACUUUCAGACGAAUUUCGGUGUUUUAAAACAGAACUAUGACAGUCUGAAAAUUCAAUUCCAGCAGGCAACAGCGCGGAUACAACUACUAGAAAACGCAACACAGCAAACUAAAAUCGAAAUUAAUGACCAAACUUCAAAGUAUUCGGACUUGCAAAAUAUGAAUUCGGACCUGGUGAAAACCGUGGACAAGACUAAUGUUAAACUGGACAAUAACACCGCUGUGUUGUCCACGGGAAUCAGCAACGUGACCGGAGAAGUGACCAGUAUAUCGGACAUGACCAAUCGCAACUUUGCCUCUCUCAGAAACAACGAUAUUGUCCUGGAGAACAAGUUCCUGGAAAUUUCCAACCACCAGUCUACCAUAGUGUCCACACUGAACCAGAUCAACAAGACAAGAAAGGUGAAUAUAACGAACAGCGAUCAAUCUCAUAACUCAUAUAAGGAGUACAAAAUAGAUAGUUGGGCAAACACAGACCCCUGGAUAUACCAGAGGUGGGAUCAGGUGCCUAGGAGGAGUAAGCAUCCCCUGUCGACCGGGCCUACUGGACUUCAAACACCUACUCUGGUCGUCUUUGUGGCAAAAUUAUCCAGAGACCUUGCAGUGUCAACCAGAAAUAUUAUCAUUUUCAACGACAUCCAGCUGAACGAGGGACGGGGCUUCGACCCGAGGACAGGCGUGUUCACUGCCACAACUAGCGGCAUCUACACGAUAUCGGCAUCCAUCGAGUCCACGAACCGAGCGGUGAGAGCCGCCAUCUACAGAAACAGUCAACCUUUCGCCCAUAUAUCUGGACGUUUUAUCGACAGGGACGGAGCAAUGGCUUCCGCCACGAGCUACAUUUUCCUGGAUGAUGGCGACAGAGUGUGGGUCCAGUGGAUGGGGGAUAAUAAUGGACUGAUCGGGCACGUGCGAUCCCAGUUCACUGGUCACUUACUGAGCCAAACAAUUACAUAACAACACGUCUUUGUUAGAAAAGUGUUCAAUUCUAAAUACGUCGAGCUACUUUUAAUUUGUUUGACAUUUCAGAUAACAAUUAGUGGCUGUUUAUUUGUCUAUCUAUUUAUUUUUAUCAUUAUCAUUUUUAUGUGAACUACGUAACUCUGAGACGGCUCCAACUGUGCGUUGUAAAUGUUUCAAAAUCAAUAAUAUUUGUGCAUGUUUUCGUGAUAUGGGCUCACCCACAAUCCUCCCCGAACAGAGAAACGGAACUACCCACAAUCCUCCCCGAACAGAGAAACUGAACUACCCACAAUCCUCCCCGAACAGAGAAACUGAACUAUCCACAAUUCUCCACGAUCGGAGAAACUGAACUUCCCACAAUCUUCUCCGAACAGAGAAACUGAACUACCCACAACCCUCCACUAACAGAAAAACUGAACUACCCACAAUCCUCCUCGAACAGAGAAACUGAACUACCCACAAUCCACCACGAACGAAGAAACUGAAUUACAUAUACCCACAAUCCACCACGAACAGAGAAACUGGACUAUGUACAAUAAACACAAUCAUCAAAUUCCCACAAAAACAUAACUUUCUCAAACCACGAAAAUCUAACCCAACAAAAAUAUGCAAAUUAUACUGAGAUCACUCAUUUUGACCACUGAUUACCCAGUUUAACAGAUCGAGAUAUAUAGGACUCACAGCGGAUGUGACCGAUCGACGGCGGAUGCUUACUCCUCCUAAGUACCUGAUCUUACUUCUGGUAUAUCCAGGGGUCCGUGUUUAUCCUACUCUUGAUUUUGCAUUGUUUAUAUUAUAGGAGUUAUGAGAUUGAUCACUGUUGGUUAUCUUCACCUUUUCGCCACUGUCCCUAUAAUAAAAUGAAUGUAGUAUA